AUGCGCUUCCGCAGUGCGUCGCGCGAGGCGCCGGUCCUCCCACGGAGGGUGCAUGGGGUGCACUCGCCCGUAUUCUCCUCCUUCUCCUCCCCCUUCACCCGCAAGCGACGCGUUUGCCUUCCUGCGGCAAAGCGGCUGCUGGAUACGCACCCGCCGGGGCACGCCACCCCGCCCUCCCUCCACCCGGCGCCCCCCUGCCACUCGGGCACGGGCCUGGCCGCGCCCCUGGCUGCCCGAAACGCCGACUGCCGAAUGAGCGGCCCGAGAGCAGAGCAACCGCUUGGGCAGCACCCGCCGCCCCCACACCACGCACAGCCCACCCAGCACGCGAUGCACCCGCAGGCGAUAUGGGCAUUUAAUACGCCCCGGGUCCCCAGCAACACCGAAAGCAAGAGGCCGCCGCAGUUGCUGCGGGGGGCAGAGGGCCGGGCCGAGUGCAGCCAGGAUGCCCCUCACGACCACGCACGCGGGCCGGCGCGGGCGCCGCAGACGGCCGCAUUGCCAAUGCGGUGCCCGACUUCUACGGGACCACCCCGGCACGUUGACCGUCGCAGCGCACAGGCGCCUCGGUGCAGGGGGUGCCGCGUUCGGCUACGCCUCCCAAACUUCCGGAGCCUGAGGUCGGGGGGCCCCUGA